AUGGGGAUUGAAACUGGAAAAAUAUUAGAUUCAGCUUUUUCGUCAAGUAGUCAUGCACGAGAAAGUACAACAGCAUCGAAAGCGAGAAUUCGAAGUGAAACAGAUGGAUGGUGUCCGCUGAAUCUUAUUUCAUCAACUACCUAUGAAUAUAUACAAAUCGAUUUAGUUAAUUUAACUGUUAUUACACUUAUUGAACUGCAAGGAAGAUUUUCUUUAACGCCAAAUGAACAAUUUGCAGAUGCAUUUCGUAUUGAAUAUCGACGAAAUAAUGAACAAAAAUGGAUUAAAUAUAAAGAUUUCUCUGGGCGAUACAUUUUAAAUGGAAAUUCGAAUAGUUACAUACCAGCCAUGCGUAAUAUACUUCCAUCGAUUAUUGCGCGACAAAUUCGUAUUAUACCAAUUGUGACUGGGCCUUUAUCAAGGCACAUUUGUAUGCGUUUGGAACUGUAUGGUUGUUCCUAUCGAGACGGUCUAAUAUCCUAUUCGAUGCCUCAAGGUGAUAAGCGUGGUUUUGAUUCGCAAUUUUUUGAUGAAACUUACGAUGGACAAAAUAAUAAUGGAGUAUUAACAGAUGGUCUAGGCCAAUUAACUGAUGGAAUCAUAGGUCAUGAUGAUUACCGUUCGAUGGAUAAUGCUCAAGGCAUAGACCAAACUGGUUAUGAUUGGAUUGGUUGGAAAAGAAAAUCGCCAUUCGUGUUGCCUAUAAAUCUUAUUUUUCAUUUUGAUAGUAUUCGAAAUUUUACAGCAAUCUAUAUUCAUACGUCAAAUUUAUAUACACGUGAUAUAUACUUAUUUCAUUCAAUAACAAUCACAAAUUGUCAAAAGAGAAAUACGAGAUAUAAUCAUCCAAUAUAUUCGAUUAUAUCAAAUGACUAUAUCAAUACUAGUGCUCGAUUUGUUCAUGUAUCGUUUACCGAUAGAAAAACUCCUAUUAUAAGUAAUUGUCUGAAUGUGAGAUUAACUUAUAACAAUCGAAGUAAAUGGAUAUUGAUUAGUGAAGUUCAAUUUGAUUCUGUACCGAUCGAUAGAAAUAUUCCACAGUUAAUAACAUUAAAAGAUAUUUACGAUCGUCAACCAAGCGUCAUGGAUCUUGACAUUUCAAAUGUUCAUUUAUGGCAUUGGAUAAUGUUUGGUUCAAGUCUUAUUCUUCUUUUCAUUGCAUCAUUAGUAUAUACGUAUGUUCGUUGGAGUCAAACCUAUGAACAAGGAAGCAAAUUUUACAGUGUAGCAAACAAUUUGAAAAUUGGUUCGACUUAUCGAGCAAUGCCGCCAAUGGGUUCUUGCAUUAAUCCGAGCAAUACUUCGUGCCUAUCAUCGAAUUCGAACAAUGAUAUUCGUCAUAGUUUGAUUAUUUCAACGAGUAAUUCCUCGAGAAGUAUGAACAAUUCAGAUUUUAGUGCAACAACAAUGUCAACUAUUUAUCAAUCAAGUAGUAUCGAUCCAUAUUUAACUGCUACAUCCAUUGAUACAUCAAAUUUGACGACAAACCGCUACUCGUCGGCUGAUAUGUAUACUAGUUCGUUAUCGGAUACGACUGUCAGCACGGAGAAUACGAUGAAAAAUAUUCAAGGUCCGUGCGGUAAUAAUACAUAUGAAUCGUUAUUCCCAUUGAAUGAAACUCGAUCGACAAUAUUUAUGCCACGUGUCAGUAAUAAAGAUUUGAUUAUUGAACAACCGUAUUCAAAAAUAAAUGGACCAUUUGGAACGAUUUUUCAAGGCAAUCUCUAUCUCAAUCGCUCAAAUGAGCAUCUUAAACGAAUUCUUAUUAAAAUUCUAACCACUGAUGAUAUAGAUCAAAGAGAAUUAUUUGCUAGAGAACAUUUAUUACUUAAUGAUCUUAGUCAUCCAAAUUUAGUUCAAUUUUAUGGUUACACUAUUGAACAAAACCAUGCUCUUAUUGAACAUAGUGAUUUAGAUGAUCUCUAUACAUAUUUAUCAACAUCGAAAAAUACUUCAAAAAAUAUUCGUCUUCAUUUUCUGACGCAACUAUCGAGUGCUCUUCGUUAUCUUGAAUCUCAUCAUAUCAUUCAUCGUGAUGUAGCUGCAAGAAAUUGUUUAAUUUAUCCAAAUUAUAAAAUUAAAUUAACAAACUCAGCUAUGGCAUCGGAACAAUUUCAAUUACACUAUUGUAAAAUCAAUCAUAUUCAGUUACCUGUUCGAUGGAUGGCACCCGAAUCUAUUUCAAAUAAUGAAUUUACGCCUCAAUCGGAUAUAUGGUCGUUUGGUAUAACACUUUGGGAAGUAAUGACUAAUUGUAACACAUUGCCAUAUGCUUUAUUGAAUGAUGAACAAGUUUAUCAAAGAUUAAAAUCAGCAAAAGGCUUACAUUUACCUAAGCCAGAAUGUUUAAGUAAAGAACUUAUUGAUUUAAUGCUUGAAUGUUGGCGUCCUUGUAAUGAACGACCGAAAUUUCAGGAAAUUUUUACAUUUUUAAAUAGACGUCUCUAUGGAAUGAAUAUUGUAUGA